AUGACCCCCCAAAACCUCAUGCUCCUUCCUCUUUCAACCCCUAAAUUAUCCAUUGGAUGCCCAAUACUAGAUCACUGCUUUGGGGGUGGGAUAGCCUGCAACUCCAUAACAGAAUUAGUAGGGGAGAGUGGUUCUGGGAAGACGCAGCUUUGUCUCCAACUUACGGUACGAGCUCAGCUCCCACCCUCACAUGGUGGACUAGGGGGCUCCUCCAUCUACAUAUUCACAGAAUUCAGCUUCCCAUUUCGUCGAUUGCAACAACUAGGCAACCUUUAUCAUGCAUCAUACCCCAACUUAAUAAGGUUGGAGCCAUUGGAAGACAUAUAUGUUCAUGGUGUUCAUGAUGCUCAAGAACUCAUCCAUGUCCUUGGAGACAUAGAAGCAUUUAUUGCCAUUGAUCACACCCACCUACCUGUGAAACUCAUUGUCAUUGAUUCCAUUGCUGCAUUGUUCCGAUCACAGUAUCAAAUAAGUAUGGGUUGGCGGUGGUUGUCACCAACCAAGUGGUGGAUUUUAUUGGGCCACAUCAUGGAGUGA